AGCCAGCAGACAGAUUGUGGAAUAGCAGUUUUAAAUAAGGAAAUAGUGCAGCUGUCCAACUACCUGAAGGAGGCCCUGCACCGCGAGCUGCUGCUCAAGCAGAAGAUGGUGAUUUUGCAGGAGCUUUUCUCCACGCUGCUGCAAGCGUCGGAAAAAUCCUGGCAGGGUCAGCUGAAUGAAGAUAAACUGAAGUGUAAACUAAGGGCGCUUGAAAAUCAGCUGCAGGCUUGCACCCAGAGUUACUCGAAGGAGUGUGUGAAGAAGAUCUUGAUAGAGAUGGAGGACCAGAAACAGACCUACGAGCAGAAGGCAAAAGAGGCUCUUCAGAAGAUGCUGGAGGACAAACUCCAAACAGAGCAGCAGCUGCAAAACUCUCAGAGAAGCCUGGCAGCAACGAGAGAGGACCUUGCCUUUUGGAAAGAGCACUACACCACACUCAAAGCCGAAUUGACCAAGGUGACCACGGCGCACACCGAGCUCCAGAACAGCUUCCACGUUCUGCAAAGCGAACUGCAGGUGCGUGAGCUCCUGGACGAGCAGCUCGGCCAGGCCCUGCGCAGCCUGCAGAGCGAGCACGCCGCGCUGCGCCAGCACGCCAGCGCCUUGCGGGAGGACAAUGACCAGAAGGCAGAGCACAUCAGCGCCAUCGAAGAUAAAUUGCAAAAAGAACAAAAGCAGAAGGUAACACUGGAGGCAACAAUCAGCCAUUUGCACAACUUGAUACAGAACCAGACCAGUGAACAGAAGACCCAGGAGGCAGCAGUGCAGAGGAAAGACCAGGUUUUCACCACGCAGACCCCACCUCUCACUCCUGCCAAGGAAAACCAAAAUGCUCUGUUAGAGCACCCUGAGGAGGAGGAGGGAGAAGAAAGUCUGAAGGAUGAGAUGCAGAAAAGGACAUCCCAGCUUACAGCAAAGGAGAACGAGGUGGUACACGGGGACACACGGGUGGCAGAAGUGAAAAUCCCCCGUCACCGCAGUGCCCGUGCACGGGCGAAGCGCUGCAGCUGCUGCGGGAGCCCUGCUGCGCUCGGUGCGUACGAAAGCGAGGGGAUCCCUCCUGCUAACGGCCCCUCGCUCUGCUUGCAGUGCACGGAGCUGCGCUCGGAGCUGGAGGCCCUGAGCGAGGAGUACCGCUCCUGCCUGACCAGGCUGCGCCAGUGCCGGGACGAGCUCAACCGCUUCCAGAGCAAGCAGGCACAGAGACGGCGCGGUCACUGGAUCCCUCUCCUGGUGGCAGUGAUAGCAAUGGCCGUAGCCACCUUCCUUGCAAGUUACAGGCUAUGA